AGUGACCUUUCACAGACCAACAAUGGAGGUUGAUGACGACGGUAAAAGGAAAAUGCCAAAAGUGGCAAAGGUUAAGAAUAAAAUGCCAGCACCAGUACAGAUAACAGCUGAACAACUGCUGAGAGAGGCAAAGGAAAGAGAGCUGGAGCUUGUGCCACCGCCUCCAAAGCAGAAGAUUUCUGAUCCAGAGGAAUUAAAGGCAUAUAAAAUGAGGAAAAGAAAGAUGUUUGAAGAUAACAUCAGGAAGAACCGUACAGUGAUGGUAAACUGGAUUAAAUAUGCCCAGUGGGAGGAGGCACAGAAGGAAAUACAGAGGGCUCGUUCUGUAUGGGAAAGAGCAUUAGACGUGGACCACAGAACUGUUACUGUGUGGCUGAAAUAUGCUGAGAUGGAAAUGAGGGCAAGGCAAGUGAAUCAUGCUCGGAAUAUCUGGGAUCGUGCCAUCACUAUUCUGCCUCGUAUGAAUCAGUUCUGGUAUAAAUACACUUACAUGGAGGAGAUGCUGGGAAAUAUAGCUGGUUGUCGUCAGGUGUUUGAGCGCUGGAUGGAAUGGGAGCCAGAGGAACAAGCCUGGCAUUCCUACAUCAACUUUGAGCUGCGAUACAAGGAGCUCGACAGAGCACGGAUGAUCUAUGAGCGAUUUGUCAUAGUUCAUCCUGAAGUGAAGAACUGGAUUAAGUACGCCAGGUUUGAAGAGAAACACCAGUAUGUCAACAGUGCACGACGGAUCUAUGAGAGAGGUGUGGAAUAUUUUGGAGAGGAUAAUAUGGAGGAAAAACUUCUGAUUGCUUUUGCAAAAUUUGAGGAAGGACAAAAGGAGCAUGAGCGAGCGAGAGUGAUAUACAAAUAUGCCCUUGAUCACCUUCCUAAGGAAUUAUGUACAGAGAUCUAUAAAAACUACACCAUACAUGAGAAACGUUUUGGAAGUCGGGCAGCUAUUGAGGAUGUUAUUGUCAGUAAAAGGAGAUUCAGAUAUGAAGAGGAAGUAAAAGAAAACCCUCUAAACUACGAUGCUUGGUUUGACUACCUCCGGUUGAUGGAGGCCGAUGGCAACACAGAACAGACCAGGGACACAUUUGAGAGAGCCAUUGCCAACAUCCCUCCUUCACAGGAGAAGCGACACUGGCGUCGUUACAUCUACCUAUGGGUGAACUAUGCCCUAUUUGAAGAGCUGGAGGCGGAGGACUUUGACAGAACAAGAGAGGUCUACAAAGCCUGUCUUGACAUCAUACCUCAUAAAAAAUUCACAUUUGCAAAAAUGUGGCUUCUCUUUGCACAGUUUGAAAUACGACAGAAAAAUUUACAGGGAGCUAGGAGAGUAUUAGGAACAAGUAUUGGAAAGUGUCCGAAGAACAAACUGUUUCGAGGAUACAUUGAACUAGAACUGCAGCUUAGAGAGUUUGAGAGAUGUAGGAUUCUGUAUGAGAAGUUUGUGGAAUUUGGACCAGAAAACUGUACAACAUGGAUGAAGUAUGCUGAACUGGAGACGAUUCUUGGAGACAUUGACCGAGCACGGGCAGUAUAUGAAUUGGCUAUCAACCAGCCCAAGCUGGACAUGCCUGAGGUCUUGUGGAAGGCCUACAUAGACUUUGAGGUGGAACAAGAGGAGUUAGAUAACACAAGAUCACUGUAUCGUCGCCUGCUGGAGCGCACACGUCAUGUCAAGGUAUGGAUCAGCUUUGCCCAGUUUGAACGCACCAAUGAAGUGAACCAACGUCUACAGAAUGUGAGAUCUGUGUACAAAGAUGCAAACAAUGCCUUCAGGACGUCCGGUGAGAAAGAAGAACGUCUGAUGUUGCUCGAGUCCUGGACACAAUUUGAAGAGGAGGAAGGUGAUGAUGAAUCUCGUGACAAGGUCAGCAAGUUGAUGCCACAGAAAGUCAAGAAACGCAGGAAGAUUCAGCUAGAAGAUGGGUCUGAUGGCGGAUGGGAGGAAUACUAUGAUUACAUCUUUCCUGACGAGGAAGCAGCGCAACCAAAUCUUAAAUUGCUGGCCAUGGCCAAGAAAUGGAAACAACAACAGGAAACCACACAGGAUGAAGUGGAAAGCUGAAAAACAAAAUACUACACACAGAUGUGAUGGCUGUAUCAGGAUUUUUGUUCUGGAGAGUAUCAGGACUCCAUACAUGUUUUGGGGAGUAUCUGGAAUUCAUACAUGUUUUGGAGAGUAUCUGGACUUCAUACAUGUUUUUGAUAGGAUCAGGAUUUCAUAUAAAGUUUGGAGAGUAUCUAGAGUUCAUACAGGUUUUGGAGAGUAUCUGGACUUCAUACAAGUGUGGAGAGUAUCAGGAUUUCAUACAAGUUUUGGAUAUCAUUUUAGGAUAUUUCCUAUGAUCAGAUGUAUCACAUUGACACUUUAUAUGUCUAUCUUACAGGUAUAUACAAUAGUCACAUUUUACAUGUGUGCUGGUUGACAUGUGUAAGUGAAUAGAUAUAUCACAUGUCACAAAACCAGUGACUAGUUUACAAAGUUUAUGAAUAUUCAGGCAGCUGAAGUCACAUAAUAAUUCAUACAGAAACUGCAUAGCAAGACAUUUCUUAUUAGACAAAGAAAUCUGUUACCUAGUGCUAGAUUUGUCUCGUCCUGUUAAUCUGCUACCUCAACAUGACGUUUGACAUUUUGUGAUGUCAUAAAUUGGUAAUAUCUUAUUACCUUUCUAACACAUAGACAAGGGAGAUAACUCUGUCAAGUUGAAGAAUUUUGAAGCAAGACUAGUGAAAUAGUUAUAUAUAUGAUGUACAGUUAAAUAUAUUACUAGAUUAUUAUAUUUCAGAUGGAUAAUAGAUCAUAGAACAAUACUUAAUUCUCAACUCUUGAGACUGUAAGAGAAAUAAGACCUUAAGAUUGAAGUAUCACAUACUAUUUACAUCUUCUUUACAAAAAGAUAUGUAAUGUGUGUCACAAGGAUAUCUGCUGUGUGAAACAGUGACUUCUACUCUGUCGCAAUGAUAUCUGCGGUGUGAAACAGUGACUUCUACUCUGUCACAAUGAUAUCUGCUGUGUGAAUCAGUGACUUCUACUGUGUCACAAAGAUAUCUACUAUGUGAAAC